AUGUCGUUUUCAAAACUCUCACCCUUCCUUGCUCUAUUCAUUCUUUUCUUUCUUUUCUUCCAAACACCAGUUUUCGCAGCCAAACAGUCAUAUAUAGUGUACAUGGGAGUGCAUUCACAUGGACUAGAAGAUGCAAAGGCUACUGUUAGCAAGGUGAAAGAUUCACAUUGCCAGUUUCUUGCAUCCUUCUUGGGAAGUAGUGAGAAAGCCAAAGAGGCAAUAUUUUACUCUUACUCUCGAGAUAUCAAUGGUUUUGCUGUAACUCUUGAGGACAAGGAAGCAGCAGCAAUUGCAAGGCAUCCAAAUGUAGUAUCGGUUUUCUUAAACAAAGCUAAACAUUUGCACACAACCCAUUCCUGGGAUUUCAUGUUACUCGAAAAAAAUGGUGUUGUUCACAACCAAUCAAUAUGGAAGAGGGCUGCAUUUGGCCAAGAUGUCAUCAUUGCCAAUCUUGAUACUGGUGUCUGGCCUGAAUCAGAGAGCUUUAGAGACGAUGGUUUUGGGCCGGUUCCAUCCAAGUGGAAAGGCUUCUGUCAGAAUGACACCCGCACUGGUGUCCCUUGUAAUAGGAAAAUUAUUGGAGCUAGGUAUUUCAACAAAGCUUAUGUUUCAAGUGGAGGCCAAAUAAACUCUUCAACAGACUCAGCACGAGACAAUGAUGGCCAUGGAUCUCACACGCUGUCAACAGCUGGUGGUAACUUUGUUGCUGGGGCAAAUGUAUUUGGCGUUUUCAAUGGAACUGCAAAAGGUGGAUCGCCGAAUGCUCGUGUGGCUUCAUACAGAGUAUGCUUUCCACCAGUUAGUGACGAUGGAGAGUGCUACGAUGGUGAUAUCUUGGAAGCCUUUGAUGCCGCCAUACAAGAUGGUGUUGAUGUAAUUUCGGUGUCACUUGGUGGAGAUCCUGUAGACUACUUCAACGAUACCACUGCAAUUGGUGCAUUCCAUGCUGUUAAGAAUGGCAUUGUUGUCGUAUGCUCAGCAGGGAACGAUGGACCUAAGGAUGGCAGUGUCACAAAUGUUGCCCCAUGGAUCAUAACUGUUGGAGCAAGUACCAUGGAUCGCGAGUUUGAAAAUUAUGUUGAACUGCACAAUCAACAAAGAUUCAAGGGAACGAGCAUUUCUAAGUCUUUGCUGGAUGGUAAACUCUAUCCUCUAAUUACCGGUGCACAGGCUGUGGCCACCAAUGGCUUUGCUGGAGACGCUAUGCUGUGUAAGGGAGGAACACUGGACCCUCGGAAGGUGAAAGGUAAGAUAGUGGCAUGUCUAAGGGGGGAGAUAGCAAGAGUGGAAAAGGGCAUGGAGGCUGCUCAGGCUGGUGCUGUCGGUAUGAUUCUUUGCAACGAUGAGCUCAGUGGUAACGAAAUCAUCGCUGAUCCCCAUGUCCUUCCCGCUUCACAUAUCAAUUACACGGACGGUCUUGCUGUUCUUGCAUACAUCAAUUCUACCAAUGAUCCAUUGGGAUUUAUUACGAAUCCAAUGGCAAAACUCAACACAAAACCUGCUCCUUUCAUGGCUUCUUUCUCCUCCAAAGGCCCAAACACAGUGACACCCGAAAUCUUGAAGCCUGACAUAACUGCACCAGGAGUAAGUGUUAUAGCUGCCUAUACCGAGGCGCAGAGCCCAACAGGGAUUAUGCUUGAUACGCGUCGGACUGCCUAUAACACAGAAUCUGGCACAUCUAUGUCUUGUCCCCACGUUUCAGGAGUCGCUGGCCUUCUCAAAAAGCUUCAUCCUGAUUGGAGUCCUGCUGCGAUUAAAUCCGCCAUCAUGACCUCCGCAAGAACCAGAGAUAACACAGUGAAUCCAAUGGUGGACGGUGCCUCUGUUGAGGCAACACCAUUGAGUUAUGGUGCUGGACAUAUUCGACCUAACCGUGCCAUGGACCCUGGAUUGGUGUAUGACUUGACCGUCAAUGAUUACUUGAACUUCCUGUGCGCUCUCGGUUAUAACCAAAGCACCAUUCAACUUGUUUCUAAAGAACAUUACAAUUGUCCCGCGAAUGCCAGUCUCCUCAACUUCAACUACCCUUCAAUUACUGUCCCUAAACUCUCUGGCUCAGUCACUGUGAAGCGAACAGUGAAGAAUGUUGGUUCACCAACAGCUGUCUAUGCUGCCAGACUUCGCCAACCUGUAGGAUUUUCAGUUUCGGUGGAGCCCAAAAUUUUGAAAUUUGACAAGAUUGGCGAAGAGAAGAGCUUUGAGUUGACUCUAACAAAUAGGAAUGGUGGUGGCGGUGGUGGUGGUGAGGCGGCAGCGGAAGACUAUGUAUUUGGUGAAUUAUUGUGGUCCGAUGGCCACCACUACGUGAGGAGUCCGAUUGUUGUUGCUGCCAACAUAAAAUCAGCACAACAAGUGGUUGUAAACAAUAUCAGGAGUAGGAUUUAGGAUUUCUUCGUUUUUAUUCUUACAAGAGGUUGUAGACAGUAUUUCUUUAUUUUUA